AUGAGUACUCCUGCUGUGCUUGCAGUUGCUCUGCUGGGCCUCCAGGCCUGCGCCCUCCCAGAGAGAGACAACCCAGCCAUCUUGCGACGGGCCUGCCCAGACUACACCUCCUAUGCAUCAACACCGCACCCUCCAUACAGUGGUGGUCCCUUGGACCUUCCCUUUCAGCGACCUGCGGAGGCUUGCCGGACAUUCUCAUCGCCUGCUGUGGAGAGGGUCAUUGACGAUAUCACAUCGCGUCUAGUCGAUAAAGAUCUGGCCCAGAUAUUCCGAAAUGCAUUUCCGAAUACCCUAGAUACUACAAUACGAUGGCAUACAAACGGAUCAACAUCCGGCACCAAUGUUAAGCGGGACGGUGCACAAUGGACCGGAGUGCAUACCUUCGUCGUGACGGGCGAUAUCAACGCCGAGUGGCUACGUGACUCAACAAACCAGCUCACAAACUACCAGACACUGGCUGCGAAGGACAAGGGUCUUUACUCGCUCAUCCUAGGUGCUAUCAACACCCAGUCCGAGUUCGUCAUCCAGUCGCCCUACUGCAAUGCUUUCCAGCCCCCGGCUCUCAGCGGUAUCAAGCCGGAAGCCAGUACCCAAAAGGAUACUGUGCAUCCUGCAUAUGACGAGUCUUUUGUAUUUGAGUGCAAGUAUGAACUUGACUCGUUGGCCCAUUUCCUACAGCUAGGCACUGAGUUCCAUGAGAAUACUGGUUCAACUGAGUUCUUGACCGACCGAUGGUACAAAGCGUUGCAAACUGUGCUGAAAACGAUUGACGUGGAGUCUCAGCCCACAUUCAAUACCCAGGGUCAAUUCAUCAAAAAUCAGUACACGUUCCAGCGACAGACUACCAUUGGCACUGAAACCCUCAACCUAGCUGGUGUUGGAAACCCGCUAAAUAGCGAGACCGGCCUAAUUCGCAGCGCGUUCCGGCCAAGUGAUGAUGCUACGAUCCUCGGCUUCUUCAUUCCACCCAAUGCCAUGAUGUCUGUACAGCUCCAAAAGACAGCGAAAGUGAUCAAGGCAGCUGGUGGGCCUGCAGAUCUGGUUGCAGACCUGCAGGAACGCGGUACCAAGCUAGCCAAGGCAGUUCGCGAUCACGGCAUUGUUCAACACCCCAAAUAUGGAGAUGUCUACGCAUUCGAAGUUGACGGGUACGGGUCACGUAUUCUCAUGGACGAUGCCAACAUCCCCUCACUGCUCUCAUUGCCAUACCUCGGCUUCGUGGACAAAUCAGACCCCGUCUACCAGAAUACUCGCAAAAUGAUCACCAACAAAGCGUCUAACCCGUACUACCUGGUGGGUCCGGAGUUCCACGGCAUCGGUGGUCCACACGCUGGUCUUGAGAACGCCUGGCCCAUGUCUCUACUUGUUCAAGCUAUGACCUCUGACGACGAUGCUGAGAUUAUUGAGAACCUCAAUCUCGUUCGUAACUCUAGCCUGCUUGGGCUUGUUCACGAAUCUAUCAAUGUUACCAACAUCAAGGAUUAUACCCGUCCUUGGUUCUCGUGGGCGAACUCGGUCUUUGCGCAGACUGUUCUUAAGAUUGCUGCUGAGAGGCCUCAUUUGAUAUUUGGUAUGAAUGCAAAGCCUUAUACUAUUCAAUAG